AUGUCCUUCGCCACUAAAGUCCACGCUAGAUCUGUCUACGACUCCAGAGGUAACCCAACUGUUGAAGUUGACUUAACCACUGAAAAAGGUUUAUUCAGAGCCAUUGUUCCAUCUGGUGCUUCCACUGGUAUCCACGAAGCUUUGGAAUUGAGAGAUGGUGACAAAUCUAAAUGGUUAGGUAAAGGUGUUUUGAAAGCCGUUGCCAACGUUAACGACAUCAUUGCCCCAGCUUUAGUUAACGCUAAAAUUGAUGUCAACGACCAAGCUAAAGUUGAUGAAUUCUUGUUGAGCUUGGACGGUACCCCAAACAAAUCCAAAUUGGGUGCUAACGCCAUCUUGGGUGUUUCCUUAGCUGCUGCCAACGCUGCUGCUGCUUCCCAAGGUAUUCCAUUGUACCAACACAUUGCUAACAUCUCCAAGGCCAAGAAAGGUAAAUUCGUUUUGCCAGUUCCAUUCCAAAACGUCUUGAACGGUGGUUCCCACGCUGGUGGUGCUUUGGCUUUCCAAGAAUUUAUGAUUGUUCCAAGUGGUGUUGACACCUUCUCUGAAGCCAUGAGAAUUGGUUCUGAAGUUUACCACAACUUGAAAUCCUUGGCCAAGAAAACUUACGGUCAAUCCGCUGGUAACGUCGGUGACGAAGGUGGUGUUGCUCCAGAUAUCAAAACUCCAAAAGAAGCUUUGGACUUGAUUGUCACUGCUAUUGAACAAGCUGGUCACACCGGUAAAGUUAACAUUGCUAUGGAUGUUGCUUCUUCUGAAUUCUACAAGGAUGGUAAAUACGACUUGGACUUCAAAAACCCUAACUCCGACUCUUCUAAAUGGUUGACUGGUCCACAAUUAGCUGACUUGUACGAACAAUUGAUUGCUGAAUACCCAAUUGUUUCUAUUGAAGAUCCAUUUGCUGAAGAUGACUGGGAUGCUUGGGUCCACUUCUACCAAAAAGUUGGUGACAAGAUCCAAAUUGUUGGUGAUGAUUUGACUGUUACCAACCCAAUCAGAAUUAAGACCGCCAUUGAAAAGAAGGCUGCUAACGCUUUGUUGUUGAAGGUUAACCAAAUCGGUACUUUGACUGAAUCCAUCCAAGCUGCUAACGACUCUUACGCUGCCGGUUGGGGUGUUAUGGUUUCCCACAGAUCUGGUGAAACCGAAGAUACCUUCAUUGCUGACUUGUCUGUCGGUUUAAGAUCUGGUCAAAUUAAGACUGGUGCUCCAGCUAGAUCUGAAAGAUUGGCUAAAUUGAACCAAAUCUUGAGAAUUGAAGAAUCUUUGGGUGCUGAUGCCAUCUACGCCGGUAAAGAUUUCCACACUGCUCACCAAUUAUAA